UGUCACUACACAACGACACACCAUCCAUUUCCUCUUACAAAGUUCAAUAUUUCAAAUUUGACACUUUAGUUUCGUUCGAUAAUCCGCGCGUGGAAAGUACAAAUGGAUUUUUAAUAAGAAGAUAAGUAGAAAGCACAAUUUGCUAAUAUGAGUAAGUUUUCAAUCAUUUUUAUUUCUUUGUUUAAAAGUUUGUUUAUUGUGUGGAAUUAUAUAUUGUAUAUAUUUGACUCAAUACGGAAAACGUCGCCUUCGGUAUUAUAUAGUUGUUCGGAUUUCGAGAUUUUAUGUGUGUGGUCUGUAGUGUUUUGUAUACAAUUGUCACAUAAUGUCUAAGUACUAAAAGUCUAUAUAUAUUUUCAGCUUUUCAAGCUUACCCUAAGGCUGACAGCUUCAGCAUUUCAACAAUUCGUUUGUAGUUUUGUCUUCAAAAUAUUUUAGAUUCAAUCUUUACCACUUUAGUUUCUCUCUUUGACACUUUGUGUAGAAAUACAGUAAUACUACUAUAAGUGAAGGAUUCGGACCGCACAAUAUUAUUACUGGACCAGAUUUUUAAUCUCAGUUUAAUAAACCAUGAAAUAUGCUGUUGUGAUUCUAAAGUUUCAACAUUCAUGAAUUUUUAAUUUCAGUGUUCCAAUUUAAUGAAAUAUGUUUCAUGAUUUUGUGCCCGUAUAUAAGAGGUCUCGCAUGCCUAGAUUAUAUUUCAAAACAAAUCCUUUGCUAAUCCUAUUAUCCUAAAAUCCGAUCACAACAUAAACCUCGUACAUGAAAUACCGCUUUGAUCGAAUAUUCGAAUAUAUAUACUGUCAUGGCUUCUGUCUGAUUUACGUGAAAAGGUUUUUAAAAACACCAGGACUUUUCAACGCUCCACUUUCCCUAUGACGCAUAUACUCGAAUGUUUUCUGCAAUGUCAGAAUAAUGUGAAUGAUUGUCCUCACGUAGUUCAGACAAAGUCCAUGCUCAUCAGAGCAUAGCAAUAAUAAGAAAGCUUCAGAUUGAUGGGAUGCAACUACAUGAAAAAUACAAGGAGAUCUCAGUUCGACGUUUCGAGCGAAGGCCAACUUCCCCAUGAAUGUCGAAGUUCUUGUAUUUUUCAUGUAGUUGUAUUCCUACCAAUCCCUACCUUUCUUAGUAUUAAUACCACUACAUACACUGACACAGACUGUUCAAUAUCAUAGCAAUAAUCCUCUACCUUUCUACACAGUAAAUUUCAAAUCUUUUUGUCUCUAUUCCAGGUUCCGAUGUGGCUCUAACUGCGUUGACCGUCGCUCUAUCCGUGGCGACGUUACUGGCAUGUCUUGUCCUCGCUGUCAUCUUUUAUAUUCUUCGCCGAAAGCGCCACAACAAGCUGACGGUCACAAAACCUUUAUUAAAAACAACUCCAAUACCUAUGAGCUCUGGCCUGCUUAAACUAAGAACAGACUACAGCGAACGAUUCUAUUCCGACUCCGAAGACUCCGGCGCUGUUAUAAACCGCUGGAAUGGCCACCACACUGAUGAUAGCAUAGGGGACGAUUUAUCUGACUGUGAGUACACAGGCCGUCGAAGUAGUUCGAUUCUCUCCGUUUCUUCAAGUGAUAACUGGUUGUUGAGUAGCUACGAAGAUGCAGCCAACGAAAUCCGCACUCCCGGGAGUUCCGCAUCGAAUAGUCCGAACAUUAGCGCACGACUCUGUUUUUUAAACUUAUCUGUGAAGUACAACUUCCAUCAAGAAUCUUUGGACGUUGUUAUUAUCAACAUUACAGGUCCUCCAAAGCAGAAGAGUGGCUCGAAAGGUUUAUUUAUCAUCGCACAGCUGUUUGUGACGAAUGAAAACGGUGAAGAUGAAGACUUUAAUACCAUGAAUAAAACAGAAGUGAAGAACUAUUCCUCAAAUGUCUUAUUCAACGAAGAAUUUAAAUUCGAAGCGUUACAAAGCUACCAAUUGCAAGCGAUUUCAAUUCGCCUCUCAUUAUGCUCGCAUGAUAGAUUCAGCCGUGUUCAGCGGCUCGGAGAAUUCAUUGUAAAUUUAAAUGAAGUAACGUUUGAUCCAGCCCAGCCGUUGGUUUUGCAGCGUCGUCUAUCGCAGGUACGAAGCGAGAUUAUUACAUACAUUUAUGUUACUGCAUGAGCGUUUAACCUCAGCUAAAAUUUAACCCACUGUUUUGGUUUGCG